GGUGCCCGCCCCGCCCGCAGCGCUGUUGGCGGGGAGCAGCCGGGCCUGGAGGUGCCCGCCGUCCCGCCCGGAGCCAGCCCCGCGCUCCCCAGCCCCAGGCUCCGGUCCGCCCCCGGGGCGCCCAGCCUGCUAUGGGGGCGGCGUCCCUGCUGCUGUGCGUGUCCGUGGCCCUCCCGCUGCUUCUGGGCGCAGAUGAAUGCCACGUCAUCCGUGUGCUAACCGAGGCAUCUUCAGCAAAGCAGCCCUUUGCCUUUAGUUGCACAUCCCCUCUGCUCACUUCCGGGAAAGCACGUGUAGCCUGGUACAGACACCCUCGCAAAGGCCCAGUCCCCACCGACUCGCAGGCGAGGAUCCACCAGGAGCAGAGCUGGCUCGUGUUCCUGCCCGUGGCCUGGCGGGACUCGGGGACCUACCAGUGUGUGAUAAAUGAUACAGACAUGUGUCGCCAAGUACAUGUAAACCUAACUGUGUUUGAAAACUAUGGGUGCGGCAUGUCCAGAAACAGUCAAAUGAAUUUCCCAGAUGGGCACGAACAAAUACUGCAUGUUGGGAAAGACGACAGCCUGACAUGUCACCUGAAUUUCCCGAAGAGUUGUGUCUUGGAUUCAGUAAAAUGGUAUAAGAACUGUAAAGAGAUUAAAGGAGAGCGGUUCACUUAUUGGGGAAUAAAGCUGUUAGUGAACAAUGUUUCGGAGGAAGACAGAGGAAGCUAUGCCUGCGAAGCCAGCCUGACACAUGCAGGGAGGCAGUUCACUGUGUCCCGGAGAAUUGCCGUGAAUGUCACAGAAAAUGUUGGACGUGAAGGAAGAAUCCCUGAAAUAACGUAUCCAAUAAACAAUACAAUUGAAGCACAACUUGGCUCCACCCUUACUGUGAACUGCACCAUCACAGACUCCAGGGACAACACCAACCUGCGCAGCUGGAGGGUCGGCAGCACUUGGGUGGACGUGUACUACCAAGAGUCCAAGCGGGUCCAAGAAGGAAACGAAACCCACGUUGCUUUUAAGGAACAUGCUGUUUACACAGUUGGCAUAACCUUUUUAGAAGUGAAAACGGAAGAUUAUGGCCAUCCCUUCACAUGCCAUGCUGGUGCGUCUGCGGCAUACUUCAUGCUAACGCCCCCAGCGCCAGACUGGCGAGCGUACCUGAUCGGCGGGCUGCUGGCCAUCACGGGCGCCGCUGCGCUUGUCCUGUGCGUGUCCAGCAGGUUUAGGAUCGACAUUGUGCUCUGGUAUCGAAGUGCCUUCCACUCUGCCGGGACCAUAGCAGACGGGAAGCUGUAUGAUGCGUACGUCUUGUACCCCAAGCCUCCCCGCGACUGCCGGAGCUCUGAUGUGGACACGCUGGUUCUGAGGGCUCUGCCCGAGGUGCUGGAGAGGCAGUGUGGAUAUAAGCUAUUUAUAUUGGGCAGGGAUGAGUUUCCUGGACAAGCUGUGGCCACUGUCAUCGAUGAGAACAUUAAGCUGUGCAGGCGACUGAUCAUCAUCUUAGUUCCUGAACCGCUGGGCUUUGACCUCUUAAAGAACAUGUCAGAAGAACAGAUUGCAAUCUACAACACUCUCAUCCAGGAUGGGAUGAAGGCCAUUCUGAUUGAGGUGGAGAAAGUCGAGAGCUAUGCAUCCAUGCCAGAGUCGAUCCAAUAUCUCAGACAGAAGCACGGGUCCGUCCAGUGGAGCAGGGACUUCACAGCGCAGUCACCUUGUGCAAAGGCCAGGUUCUGGAAAAAAGUGAGAUACCUCAUGCCACCCAAAAGGUUUCCGCCACCUUCUCCGGCCAGCUGCUGAAGCUCAUGCCCUGUGACCUCACAGCUGGCAACAGCUGGCAAGCGGGAGGCCACCUGGGAGGCCUCUACCCCAUGAUGGAGAGUUUGCCCUCGGAAGUGGCUCCCAGUUGGACAAGGUGCACUGCAUUCAGGCCGCCUGCUUGGAG